AUGCAGCAGUCAGAAAACUCGCCUGAAGGCGGCACGAAGUCGAGGGAGCUUAUAGAAAAUGCAACUGAAAAGCCUAAAAGUGUCGAGGAAAUGGGAACUCAGGAAACCCGGGAACCGCAAUAUCUGUCCGGCUUGCGACUGGCAUCGGUGAUGGUCGGGUUGAUGCUUUCCGUCUUUUGUCUCGGGCUUGACCGUUCGAUUCUCGCAACCGCAAUACCCAAAAUUACGACCGAGUUCAACUCCCUCAACGACAUUGCCUGGUACGGUUCAGCGUAUUUGAUCUCAACAUGCUGCUUCCAGCUCAUGUUUGGCAAGCUUUACGCCACGUUUCCUCUCAAAGCUAUCUUUCUCAGUGCCCUGGGCUUAUUCGAAGUCGGCUCUAUAUUCUGUGCCGCGGCGCCAAACUCCGUUACACUUAUCAUUGGAAGAGCGGUUGCAGGUAUCGGGUGCGCGGGUGUUCUUUGCGGGGGAGUCGUCAUUAUAACGGUCAGCUUGCCUCUGCACAAACGGCCUAAAUAUGCAGGAAUAUUCAGCGCUGCGAGUGGCGUGGCCCAGAUUCUAGCUCCCACUUUGGGAGGUGUCUUCACGGAUCGUGCAACGUGGCGCUGGUGCUUCUGGAUCAACCUACCUCUUGGGGCUGUGACAGCUGCGGUGGUUCUAUUCCUCGUUAAAAUGCCUAACCGACCAACUGCAGAAGAAGAAGAACAAACGGAUGGCCGAUUCAGCCGCCUGAGAUCUUUCUUCUCCAAGCUGGACGUCAUGGGCACAGUCUUGCUUAUGCCAUGUAUGGUCUGCCUCAACCUUGCCCUCCAAUGGGGUGGGACCACCCUACCUUGGAGUAACUGGCGAGUCAUCCUCUGCCUGAGCAUGUUUGGCGUUACCUUCAUACUUUGGUGCUAUGUUCAAUACUCUCGUGGAGAUCAGGCGACGUUGCCGGUGCGCAUCAUGAAGCAAAGAUCCGUUGCGAGUGGCACGUGGUUCUCGUUUAGUCAUGGUGCUUUGCGAUCCCUGAUCAUCUAUUACAUACCUAUAUGGUUUCAAGUCGUCAAAGACACCAAUGCCGAGCAGUCUGGGAUCAAUUUCCUUGCCGCUUCCAUUGCCAUGGUAGCGUCGGUCAUAUUGACAGGCCAGCUGACAUCACGGAUAGGGUUUUAUGUCCCCCAGAUGCUGUGCUCUACAGUCAUCGUAUCCAUUUCCCUCGGGCUGAUUUACCGUUAUAAUUUAGACACCACAACAGCAUAUUGGGCAGGUACAUUGGUCAUGUUCGGAUUCGGCUCAGGAAUGGGCCAGCAGCAGCCAGUUACAGCUUGCCAAACCGUGCUCAAGGGUCGCGAUGUCCCUCUUGGUACUUCUACCGUCCUUCUCGCCCAGACGCUUGGAGGGGCAGUCUUCCUCGCCGUGGGACAAAAUGUUUUCCAGAGCCGGCUUGUUGAGCAGCUCUCUCAAAAGGUGCCGAAUGUUGACCCAGCGACAGUGUUGGAGCAUGGAGCAUCUGGAUUGAAAGCAGCCGUCACAACGCAGUACGGUGAUGCAUCGGCACUGGCUAUUCUUGCUGCGUAUAAUGACGCCAUUCAGCGCUGCUUCCUUAUUUGUGUUAUACUUUCGUGUCUCACCAUCUUCGGCGGCUUGACUAUGGAAUGGGUCAGUGUCAAAAAGCCCGAGACUGAUCGACAAGCUCCGACACCUCAUCUAGAGCAGACAGGGGAACAGCCAAAGACAAACACCGACGAGGCGAACUCGGAAAAGAACCAUGCCUGA